GGCUCUCUGCUGCCACCCUUCCAUCAGAAGGAGUUUCAGCGAUCAUCAUGAUUGGGUUGCCCGCUUCCGCCAAAGACUAUGGUCAGAUUGUGGACUAUAUUUCGCGAUCUGGGUCCACCACAACAGCUUCGCUGCUGCUGUCGGCUUUUGAAGAGAAGGCCCUAGGUGCUUUGGCCACCGACGCAUUGGUUGCCUCGACCUCCCCUGCAGAGGUCCCAGAGGACGAUCCUGGCAUUCUGGAGGAGCUCAAUGACAAGCUACAGGCGAAGGCAUACUUCUCAUGGCUGAGGCACUACGCGCUGAACCCGCUGCUACAAGAUAAGCUCCGGGCGGUGCAGGAGGCCAGUCGCUUCGCCGAAGCCAUCGGCGCCCUCAGCGAAGGACGACCUCCAGCCCUUGCGCCGCGCAUGCUGGCAGACAUGGGUAUCGAGGGGAUCGCUGAUGAUGCGCUCAACGUCGCUGAAACUUGA